GGAUACUUCCGGAAAGCGGAGCACAUAGCUGCGCCGGGCCAUACAUUGCGCCCCUUGUUGGAUUUACGUGUUUGGAUUUUCAAACACCAACUGAACGGCGCUGUGAAACGGAUUUGAAGCCAGCGUUCCUUAAGAACAUCUUGACUUGGAGUUAUCUUCUAUAGCGGAUACUCUGAGUCGCUCGCGAUUAUCCAAGUUCGGAGGGGAGGACGAUAUGUCCUGCGGUAUUUCCUCGGAGAAUCCUAGGCUCGCAGUCGCUUGCCCUGACAAGGCCGCUGAGCAUGCUCCUCCAGGGAUGCGCUACCUGUGCCCCCGAACGCCCCACGUCAAUCCGCCACGUAUCUCUCCGCAUCGAUUGUUUGGUCAAUUAACUCGUUGUAUUUCAUCUAAUGACGGCUGGGGUUAUUUUUGUCGUCUCCUCGUCUGGGAUCCGUUCUAUUUGCAGUUGUUAGCAGUACACCACAUACCCAUGGUAUUCCUAUUGACCGGCACUGAGGUCCGAAUAAUCGACCCUAUUCCUGGAAAUCUACUCUUAACUCGCUCGGAUUGCUUGUCUUCGAAUCUGCAGGGGACGGCGCGACUUCGGGCCGGUCAUCCUGCUUCUCUUGCUUCUCGUCGUGCGAAUCCGUACUGGCCGAGCUCCAGAUCUUCCGAACAUCAGUACUUGGUCGACAGCAUGCAGUCGUCAGUGAGGUUCCCACAAUGUCGUGUACCAUGCUGUUCUGUCAACCCCCAACAACUUCUUUACCUUGCCGGACCUAUUUUACUAACGCCGGCCGAACCCCUGAGCAUCAGUGCGACUGCUCCGCCAUUCUGCCGGUGAAAAGCUCCUAUGGUCCGCGGUGGUGUUCCAGUUGAUAAAUUCCCUCGCCGUACUUGCAAAAUUUAAUUCCAGUAUCUCCGAUUUACUGCCGUC